AUGGAACCGUUCAAGCCGUUAGUUUUAAAGACAUACGGCAAGCAUAGACGGAAGGUGUCUGCUUGGAUUUCGCCCGAGUACCGCACAAAGGCCUUCGAUAGCACCCCGUCAACGGAAGAAAGUUCCGUCUUUGAACCGGCAAAAUCCAAGAGGAGGAGAGAGAGGCGUCCCGUGGUUGGUAGUCUUAGAGAGGCUCGUAAUGCCAAGGAAAAAGCCCUGCGGUGUCUGACUGAGAAGAGCAGCGAUGAGGAAAACAUCGUCCCCCCCUCUGCUCAGCGGAGCAGGAGAACCAGAGUGAAGAGAAAAAGUGUCUGCCGUGUUGAAGCAGUCCGUCCCGCUAAGAAAAAGACCAAGCUGUGUCUGAUAGAGAGCAGCAGCAAUGAGGACAGUGUCCAGAGGCCCUCAUCUCCCAUCAACCAGCGGAGAAAGACAAAAAGGAAAAGCAGGCUGGUGUCGGCUCCAGCUUUAACGAGGCGGAAAGGCCUGAAGGCGUCUGUAACUCCAGGGAGCGAGGAGGAGUCAUCUUCACCAAAACGCCAAAAGCUCUCGCAAAGAAUUAAGGCGAACUCGAGCCUUCGGCCACGUUCCGCUGGCCGCUUCGUAACCCGUCGCAGAGGCGCCGCUUCCACCAAAGUCCUCAAUGCGAUAGCCAGCAUACUCAGCUCCUCAGAUGAGUUCACUUCCGGAGCGUCACGUCCCACCAGGAUCCACCGGCCCUCCAGGAGGAGGAAGGGCCCGCAAGCAUUCGGGCUGUCAAGUGCAGAGAGCUCGGUAAACGCCAGCGCCACCUCCAGCCUCGCCGCCAACGCCUUCCGAGAGAUAUCCCUCAACGAGUCGGCGGAUCACAUCCUGGGACCGUGCCCCAGGAAACCCAUCUUCUGCUCCACGCCGUCGGCGGCCUCCUUUAACAGACGGGGCCGCGGGCAGCACCUCCUGGCCUUGGAUGAGGUCACCAGCCCUCCCUCCUGCAUAGGGGUCCUGAGCGCUUUUCCAGAAGACGUGGCCUCGCCCCAGCAAACGGCCUCCCCGCCGCACUCUGAGGAGAGGCAGCCCAGAGAGACUGGUUCGGAUCCCAGUGACGAACCCUCUGUCGAUUUAUUCGCGGAGCCCAGGAGAGGCGGCUGCCGCAAAGGGGCCAAACCCCACACCGAGUCGGAGGCCGGGGAGUCGUCCAGCGUAAACGGGCUGUCUGCACACAGCUCGGCGUCGGCCAGAAGAAAGCUGGAGUGGAUGAUAGAAGCUCUGAAAGAGAGCUGUCUGACGUGGCCCUGCACUGUUCAGCUGGAGAGGUUAGACCUCCUCACUCUGACCCAGAUCUGCAGUCAAACCACCUACUCCUCCCGCCUGGAGCCUCCGGGCUCUGCCCGCAGCGGGAACAGCCAGAAACGGCCCCGAACCACAAACGGCACUGUUUACCUUCAGUCCUCAGAGGAGCUUGUUUCUGAUGCGUACGAUAAAGCCGGCGAUGACCCACCUUCUGUAGAGGGUUCGGCCGAGUUGGCUUCAGGGACCGGCAGCCAAGGAGCCAACAUUUCUGAAUUAGCCGACUAUAAGAGGUCAGAUGAGAGUUGUGAAAUGAUAACAGACACAAAGUCACAAGCAAGCUGCGCUCUGCCGCCAUUUACUGAAGGAGAGGAUAGGGCAGAAACGCCGCCUCCAAAGCAAUGCUCGGUUCAGUUACAGAAAUGGUCUCCGUCACAGCAAACGGUUUGGCAGCUCAGACCAGCAGGAAAUCGAGGAGCUGGCCAGAACGAGGAGUCUGUCAGGGCCUCCAGAGAAGCGACUAAGUCGAAACGCAAAAAGAUCCAAGGAGGUGAGACAACAGACGGACUUUUACAAGGAAAAGGAGCAGCUCUGUCCAAGCUUGGAGAAAGUCUGCCCCCUACAGAGGCUACCCUGAAAUCAUCAGCGGAUGAAUGGGAGAGCGGCCCCUGCAGGAAGGACGCCUCCUCGAGAGUCGGGCUCCAAAAAGGAGCGUCGGCUCAUUCCAAGGGCAAGGCAGCGUCCGGCAAAGGAGCCGGGGGAGACCCCGACCCACCCGCCCCCAAAAGGAAAAGGCCGUCUCCGGCUCCGAGAGAGAGGAAAAGGACGAGCGCCACCUCCUCCGACCGACCGGCGACCACCAGGAAGGCGUGCGUGAGCGGGAUGAGCGUCAGCCGCUGGAAGAGCAGGGGCGCCGACAGCUCGCACGUGUUCAGCGGCGGGGCGGCCGAGACGGGCCGGGGCAAGGCGGCCGACUGCAGCGUGGCCGAGCUGAUGGGCAGGCAGCCCAGGGUCUGCGCUGCACGAGCGUGGCCCCCGCUCGGCAUGGGCUCAGAACUUUGGAAAAAAUCUGUGCGCUUUCUGCUCCGUUUGCAGGAGUUGCUGAGAGGCACCAUGAACUUUUCCACCCCGGCGAGGGAGAGCCGCCUCAACCUGUCGUCUCUCCUGGCCGAUUUCACGCCCAGCACGCACACCUGGAGCCGCCUCAAGGCCGCCCUCUCCAUCCACCGCAAGGGCACGGUCCAGCUCACCCCCAGGGGCUCCCACCCGCCAGGCUCUCCCCAGCGGGCGGCGUUAGCAGAGGUCAGCCAGGACCUCUUUGCCACGCCGUUCCGCACACCGCUUUCCCGGCGGCUCCGGUCACAGCUGCUGAGCCACCACUCUCUGAUUGUGUGUGAAGAAACGGAUCUGUCGGAUGCACAGAAGGUGUACGCCGAGUGUGGCCAGCAGCAUCCUCUGCCCUGGGAGGAGUGCAUUCCUCAGCAUCGUAUGAAGCGGUGCGCCAAGAUUGGCGAGGGGACGUUCGGCGAGGUGUUCUCCACCACCAAUGCUUCUGGAGACACCGUGGCACUUAAGGUAAUUCCAUUGGAAGGCGGCGAGAAAGUGAAUGGCGAGGACCAGAAGAGUUUUGGCGAAAUCCUCCAUGAGAUUAUCAUCUCAAAGGAGCUGAGCAGCCUGAAAGAGAAGCAGCAGAACCAGACCCACUGUUUUAUUGGACUCAAUGACCUCCACUGUGUUCAAGGCUGCUACCCUCCAGAUUUCUUGAAAGCUUGGGACACAUUUGACCAGCUUAAAGGCUCAGAGAAUGACCGGCCAGAUUUCUUUCAAAAAGAUCAGCUAUUCAUCAUCCUGGAGUUUGAGUUCGGGGGCGUCGACUUGGAGAACAGCAACGGAACGCUGGCGUCGUUGGGGGUGGCCAAGAGCAUCCUGCAUCAGGUCACCGCUGCCUUGGCUGUUGCGGAACAGGAGCUGCGCUUUGAACACAGGGACCUCCACUGGGGCAACGUGUUAGUCAAAACAACCAAGCAGAAGACGGGGAGCUUCCUCCUGAGUGGAACCGCUCACAGCCUGGAAACCAAAGGGGUGCUGGUCCGCAUCAUCGACUACUCUCUGUCGAGGCUGGAAAUAGAUGACCUGACCGUGUCCUGUGACAUUUCGAACGAUGAGGAGCUUUUCAUGGGCCAGGGAGACUACCAGUUUGACAUCUACAGACUGAUGAGACAAGAGAAUGGGAACAACUGGAAUAACUACCACCCACACACAAAUGUGCUGUGGCUCCACUAUCUGUGCUCCAAGCUGCUUUCCAUGAAGUACCGGACCCAAGGAGGACGAGGCACCAAGGACGCGCGCCAGCAACUGGCUCGUUUCCAUGACAGCAUCCUUCAGUAUCGCUCUGCCACGGAGGCGCUUCAAAACUGCCCCAUGUUUCACUAGUCAGGCAGCGGGAAGUGUGAGGAGGCUCACACGGACCGUGUUGGUGAAAUGUCCCUUAAGAAUUAUUGUCACAAAGACUGUUAAAAUUAAAAAAUGUUACUUAGAAAAAAGAAAAAAACGGCCUGUUUCUCUUCAAUUGGUUGGUUAUUGUGGCUCAUUUUCAAUUAUCUUUUCAUUUGUAAUUAUGUGCGAAUGCCAGAAGAAAAAGAAAAAAAACGUGUAAAAUAAAAUGUUUAACUUCCUGUUGCUUGGCAACACUCACUUUGAUGUUUAACACCACUGAAGUUGGAUGUCCAUGGGUUUGUGUGUUCAACAUUUCAGCACUUAAGCCUGUCAUCUUCUAUUUUUUCUUUUAGGGGUGCACAGAAUGUACUGUAUGACUUUAAUGUAGGAGAUGAAUGUUGGAAACCAGCACUCCUCCAUAUUUGUGCAAAUCUGAGACGGUUGGAAAAGAAGAAGAAAGUAACCAACAACGACAACAAAAGAGGCACUUAGAAAAACAAAAUAUGUUUACUCAAUAUCUUAAGAUUAAACAUUUUUGCAUUGAAACAAGCUUAAUUUGGUAUGGUGAGUCAUAUGUGUCCAUAUAAUUGUAGAUUUUGAUUGAAUAUGUUGAACGCUUCCAUACUUAUAGACACACUGUUCGUUUAAAAAAAAAAAAUCAUAGUUACACUUGCCUGGAGUAACUGUCAUAACAUUGGAGCAACAGAUGCAGUAAAAAAAGGAAGACUGC